AUCUCAAAUCAGGAAAGCAGCCACCAUGGGGACCCGUUUACUCCCUAUCCGAAGUCGAGCUGAAGGUGCUUCGGGAGUACCUGGAUAAUAUGUUGCGAUUGGGAAAGAUUAGGUUGAGCAAAUCUCCGGCAGGAGCCCCAAUCCUAUUUGUGAAUAAGAAGGACGGUAGUCUACGACUUUGCGUGGAUUACCGUGUACUUAACCGUGUGUCCAUCAAGAACAGGUAUCCUCUACCGCUUAUGAACGAGCUGCGAGAUCGAGUGGCAGGCGCGGUUAUCUUCUCGAAGAUUGACCUGAAGGAAGGUUACAACCUCAUCAGGAUCAAAGACGGCGACGAGUGGAAGACAGCCUUCCGUACGCGGUAUGGACAUUUUGAGUACCUCGUCAUGCCUUUUGGGCUGGCAAAUGCGCCGGCGACCUUCCAGAACAUGAUGAAUGAUGCGCUGAGGGAAUUCUUGGAUCAAGGUGUAGUAGUAUACCUCGAUGAUAUCCUAAUAUAUA